AGCGUGCAACAUCUCUCCUCCUCCUCUCGCGCUCCGCAGUGACUCUCGCGCUCCCCAUCAUCACUGCUACACUGGUCUGGAUGAUUGCAGUGGCAGCAACAUGGCUGUGAAUCUCAGCAAGAACAGACUGGCCCUCUUAACAGCCUACCAGGACGUUAUCAACGAGACGUCGGUAACCGACUGGGCCUUAUACACAUAUGAAGAUGACAGUAAUGAUUUGAUCCUGUCUUCAUCAGGAGAUGGUGGUCUGGCAGAGAUCGCAGUAACCUUCGAUAACACCCGGAUCAUGUACGGUUUCUGCAGCCUGAAGGACCCCACCGCAGCCCUGCCGCGCUACGUCCUCAUCAACUGGGUUGGUGAAGAUGUGCCCGAUGCCAGGAAGUGUGCCUGUGCCAGCCAUGUAGCCACCAUAGCCGAGUUUUUCCAGGUGGGUCUCCCAAAGGGUGUUGACGUCAUUGUGAACGCUAGCACCAUAGACGACAUCGACCCCUCAGCCAUCGGACAGAGGCUGACCAAUGGGACGGCUCCAGUGGCCAGCCCAGUGCUAAACCGCCUGCGAAUGAGAGACGAGGAGAACGCAGAGAACGUUGGCACCACCUACCAGAAAACAAAUGCAGAGAUCGAGAUGAAGAAAAUCAAUCGAGAGGAGUUCUGGGAACAAGCCAAGCGGGAAGAGGAGUUGAGAAAGGAGGAAGAGAGAAGGAAGGCUGCGGAGGAACGGCAGCGCUUUGAAGAAGAGAGGAUGGAGCUGGAGAGAAAAGAGCAAGAGGAACGAGAGAAGCGGUACCGCGAGAGGGAGCGGCAGAUCGAGGAACACAGGAAGAAGAUGCUGGAGGAGGAAGAGGCCAAAGAGAGGUCAAGGAAUCAACCCUUGAUUGUAAGAACAGAGCCCAGCUAUGACGAUCCUACCCUGGAGAAAAAGGAAUCAGAGGUUGAGGAGGCAGCAGCCAUCAUUGCCCAGAGGCCCGAUAACCCACGGGAAUUCUUCAAGCAGAGAGAGCGAGCCAUAGCCAACAGUGUGGACAUCUCACCAGUCACCACACACAGGACCGGCCGCUUGGACAGUCCAUUCUUGAGGCAGCAGCACAGUCCAUCCGAUUGCAGCCCACCCCCUUCUCGCACUCCGCCCCAUACGCGGCGGCAGCCAGGCCCACCUGAUGACUCUGAUGAAGGAAUCCUCGAGCGCAGCAUGACCACUGGAUGCACUCCCAUUCCUAAAAUCGCCAUUCAGGAGGACAAAGAUGACUUCUUUCGAAAGGAGUUUGACUUUGACACUCCCAAGCAAACUCCAGUGCAGGAAUCCGGCUUCACCAAGACCUCUCCGAGUGAUUCUCCCCAGCCCAGCAACGCUGCUCCAUUAUCCAGCACAGAUGACAGCCUGCUAGACCUGUGGGACAGCAGCCCAGCGCCAGCUACUGCUCCCUCCCAGGCCCCUUCUCACAUUAUGGACCUGAUGGAGGACACCCCGGAGCCUCAUCUCGCCAGUUCCUCCCCUGCUCUCCCGCAGCCGCUUAUGAGCUUCGAUGAGGUGCCUGACGCCCCCUACUGCACCGGCACAGAAGACGACCCCUCCAGCCUGGUGGAUGUGGCCGGACCCCACCAGAUGACCCUGAGUUACCAGCAGGCCCUGCAGCAUGCUUCCGGCUCCGACAGCCAGGACCUGGAUGACGGACAGCUACUGUUGACCAAUGGAGACACGCUGCUUAAAGAAGGGACCCAGGCGAGUGAAGGUUACUUCAGCCAAUCACAGGAGGAGGAUUUUGCCCAGUCAGAUGACUGCACUGCAAAAGUCAACCCAACACCAGUUUUUUAUAACAAACCACCAGAAAUCGACAUUACGUGCUGGGAUACAGACCCCGUGAUGGAAGAUGAUGAUUAGGAGCGACUGAGGGGAACAGAGGCGACACCUCGACGAAAACUGAUUUUACAACAGUUACUGAAGUCUUGCAUCAAAAUGUUUUAGAGAAAAAAACAACAACAAUGUUAGCCACAGAAGAAAAGGACUCGGGUUAUUGUUAAAGAUGCCAGUGGGUAUGAGUGCUCUCGGUUUGUGUAUGUGUGUGUGAGUGAGUGUGUUUAUUAUUUAUUUCUAUCUCUUUCUCUUUUUUUUUUUUUGCUAUGCAGAGUAUAGCACAGUGCGUCUCUAGCGCUCACCUGUGUUGUAUCGAUCCCUGUGCCUAACAGGUGUGUGUAGUAGCAGAUUAGAUCAUUCCUUAAUCGACGCUGAGCUUAGGUCUGCUCAGCAGUUCAAUCAAGUUCCCCACAAUCUUAGUUGCUUAGUUGAAUCACAUGUGUUUGAGUGUUAUGCCCACAGGGGUCUUUGCUUUGAUGACUCAGUCGGUCAGGGACGGUUGAACCCUCACCCUCAUCAAAGCAAAGACAUUUCAGAACUCGAUUUUAGCUUCAGUUGAGUCAAUCGUAUUUAGCAAACGGAAAAUGAGGGGGGUUUAUAUGUGAUUAUGAAACAAUUUUGUGUUGUGCCAAUUAUUUUGAGUAUGAUGUGUCAGUGUAACGGCCUUUUAGGACUUUAGCGCCAGGUGGCAUAUGUAUAUUUUGACUACAUAUGAGACAAUGUGUAUAAACAAUGGCUGAAACUGACUUUUUUUUUUGAACAACUGCAAUAGAGCUUUGAUUUGUUGAGAAACUUAGGCAAUAACAAUUAUAGUGAACUCCUUUGGGAAUUGUUUUAGUUACAUAUGCGGUAGUGUGUGUACAUAUACUGUAUGUGUGUACAUCUAGUUUAAAGAUAAAGGGAGAAGAGAGUCCCGUAUUAUUGGAGAGGCUCAGGCCUGAAACUCUACAUAAGUACGCAAGCAUUGACGCGAAUGCUAGCACACAGUCCCGGUGUACAUGUUAGCAUGCGGACUUACUGUGGUGUUAACAGACCACAAGUUCUCAAAGGGAUAGUUUACACAAAAAUAAAAAUUCUGUCAUUUACUCGCCCUUGUGUCGUUCUUUCUUCUGUGGAGUAUAAAAGAAGAUCUUUUGAGAAGUCUGUGUUUUUUUUUGUUUUUGUCCCAAAACUGUUUGGUUACCAACAUUCUUCAAAAUAUACUCUUUUGUGUUUCACAGAAGAAAGAAAGUCAUAUGAUGCAGCUACAACUAUCCCUUUAAGAAGCCAAAUACCUUCGAUUUGCAAUUAUCCAAGUUGCUAGCUAUAAACUUGCUUACCAAGAUUCAAACUGUCACUCCAUUAUGAGAGUAGUCAAUGAUCUAUGGUCUUUUUUGUCUUUCGGAAGACUAUUUAUGCUAAUGCUAGCUAUAGCGCCCCUUGUGGCUGAGAAUGCAGUGCUUAGCGUCGUGUUAUGAAUUGCAUUCUUCUAACACAUUUCAGCAAAUGGAGACGUGUGAAACCGAAGCAUUUUUGUUUGUGUACUUGCGUAGAGUAUGGUUUUGACCUCAAUUUAUCGUGGAUGUGAUUUUGAUCCUUUUAGUUUUAUGCUCCAAAAGAAGGAAAUUCCUAGUAAUUACACAUUUCAAACCCUGGUAACCUCCUCUAUUGAAUAUAAAAUUAAAAUGACCCCAGUAAUAUUUUUUAUUUUAUUUAUUUAUUUUUUUUAAGUUUUGUUGCUAGUUAAAAAUGCUUAACCCAGGACUUCCUUCAGAGUGAUGUUACCCUUAUGGACGUCUAGAAUUUUUUAAGACUUUUUUAUAAACCUAAAAUGAUUACAAACCUUCAAAUCAAAUUUGGAUUUUGUAACUUUUACACAAGUGCAGGGACACAUCACCUUGCUCAAGGGCAGAAUAGUGAGAGGUUCUCACUAACUCAACACUGACUCAAACUGUAAUCUUUGUUGCACCAGCCCACAUCCUUAACCGCCAAGUUAUCACCACCCACUGUCUUCCUCAUACUUUUAGUCAUGUUAAAAAGCCACAUCACAAUAUCUUGGCUUUACAUUACAAAGGGUUGUUUUGAGUGGAAAAGCGAGCAAUAAGCCUAAACCAAUAGUAUUGUUCUGUAAAUAGCUCUAAUUUUGUGCUCAUGUAAAAUGUACUACAAUUCACUAACAUGUAUUGAUUCUCCACCCAUGAAAAACGGGGGUUGGCGUACGUUUGGAUUGGGUUUCUUGCAUUUCUUUGGUGAGAGAGAAAACGAGGUUGCUCAGUAUGAAACCUAGUAGGAAGUAACCCGCAUCUUUAACAGUAACUUAGCCCCUUUUGAAAUGACUUCCGUGUAUCCUGUUCACCCUCCAACCUCCUUAGUAGUGAUUAUUAUUCUCUUUCUCCCUCAAACUACUAGGAGACUACUACUACCACCACUACUAUUAUUACUAUUACUAGUACUGUUCUACUACAGUAAUUUCUUCUUUGCCCCUGAAGCAAGGCUUAGCGUCUCCUGAAAGUUCUCUUUUUUUAAUUAUUUUUUUUCUAUCUCUUCCUUUUUCCGUCCGCUUCUCACACGCUGUUUUUGAAACAAGCACAAGAUCUUUUGUGACAUGCUAUGUGCUUAUGUAUGUUAAUAAAAGACUUUAAAAUCCUUCAGAAAA